AUGGUGAAAGUUUAUCGGUUGGUUACUGCAAACACCUACGAAAGGGAAAUGUUCGAUAAAGCGUCGUUGAAGUUAGGUCUGGACAAGGCUGUUCUUCAGUCAACCACGGCGCUCAAAGAGAGCAGCACUUCUCUGAGCAAAAAGGACGUGGAGGAGCUCCUGAAAAAGGGCGCAUAUGGGUCGAUUAUGGAUGAAAAUGUUGAUGAAGGUAGUAAAUUCAGUGAAGAAGAUAUUGAGACCAUACUUCAGCGAAGAACCACAACAAUCACCCUAGAACCGGGACAGAAGGGAUCACUUUUUGCAAAGGCAGCGUUCAAUUCCACCCAUAACCGUGGAGAUGAUAUUGACAUCGAUGACCCGAAUUUCUGGACGAAAUGGGCUGAAAAGGCCCAGGUGGACAUUGAAAAAGCGACGGCAACACCAGACUCCCGUGACCUAAUCAUGCAAGAACCUAGAAAGCGCACGAAACGUUUCGAAGAAAACUCACUGAAGGAAGGCGAGGAUUCUGAUGGCAGCGAUGAGCUAGGUAAAGGAAGAAAACGCGGCGGUGCUCAAGGUUCAAACGUUCAGUCGGUAAUCCGCAAAAGAAGGCGUGGUGAUGAUGAGGAUGGUGAUUACUGCUGGCGUCUUGGGGAUGGGGACGUUAUGAAGAAGAGCGGAGAACUUGAGGUUUCUGAGAUGGACAUCGCCCACAUGGCGCGCACGCUUUUACUACACUGCGUUCGAGAAUACCGUGGAGAUGAGCGAAUCAGACAGACAGUUUGGCAGCUGAUUGCCCCUCAGGGCGCCAAAAAUGCUAAGGAGGCAAAGGGGUCGCAGUCCAUCUAUCAUCAGGGAUGGGCAGCACUUCCUGAGUUUAAUCCACCAAACUUUGCUCUCGACGCUUCCUUUCAACGACAUGUUCAUCGCCAUGCCAACAAAUUAUUGGUGAAGAUCGAUCAGUUGAGGCAUUUGCAGAAGACAAUUAUCGGCAGCAAAGCGGCAGAUAUCGAGGCAGGAGCUGACUGGUCAACCAUUGAUAUUCCCGUACCGACGCUAAUCGAACCAAUGUGCGACGGUUGGGAUGCUGACUGCGACAAAUGUCUCCUAAUUGGCAUUUACAAGCAUGGUCUCGACAACGUGGAUGCUAUACGAGCUGACGAAAAACUGUGCUUCGCUUCCAAAACCACUUUACCUGAGACCUUCCCUGGUGUCGCUGAAGUGUCAACGAGGUUUAGGAGGCUCAUUGCAGUCAGUCAAAGAAAUAUCACCGAUCCCGUAUACGAGAAAUUAAGGUUUGUGUUCGCUUUAGAGUUGGAACUUGUGGAAUGCGGGUGCUGUGUUAUUGUUGUGGGUGUUCAAUGUAUUCGUAACAAACUCAGAGAGAAGAAGUGUAGGUGGAGCCGGCGAGAAGAACAAGAAUACAUGCGAGUGCUACGAUCGUUUGGUAUGAAAGACAAGAGGAAUGAUCCAACAAUGAUUGAUUGGGACGCGUUCCGAGCGUUUUCACCACUACUGGAGAAAAAGAGUGACGAAGAAAUGCAAGAGCACUUGUAUUGUAUUCUGGCCAUGUGCACAAAGGCGCAAGGAGGCGAACUGUCGGCGCUUGACACGAAAAGAGCUCUCUCAGUUGAUGCUAUGACCUCGCGAAAAGCCCAAAAGUUGAUGAAUCGGCUGCAUCUGACGAGGAAGGUCCACGCAUUAGCUGCUGGUCUUGAUAAGGUGACUCCGAUGUUGAAGCUGUGUUCUGCUGAAGCAAUGCCAUCUGGAUGGACUACUCAACAUGAUAAAGAACUCAUAUCUGUUUGCGAUCAGCAUGGCAUUGACAACAUAUCGGCAAACAUCCUGAAGAAGCCGGCAUUCCAGAAGAUCAUUCGACCUACUGAGAAAACGUUGCUGCGCCGGGUGAUUGAGGUGUGCACUACGGUGGAGACCGGUAAAUGGAAUGGAACGGCAAGCACUGAUAGCGUAGAUGAUAGCGAUGUGGAGGAGAGAGCUCGCGCGCAGCAACAGGUACGAAGAGGUCGAAAGCGUGCAGUGGAUACGGAUGCGCAAAAGAUGCGUGCGUUGAUGCAGCAGUCGAUGUUAUCCCAAAUGGGUGAUCUGCCUUUAGCAGCCGCCAUGCUGCAAUCUGCAAUGUUCAUGCCGCAACUCAUGGGAAACAACGCUGCAGCGGCGCAACUUCUUGGGUCACUGUUUGCCAUGGCUGCAGGAGCAUCUGGCACUUCAGCUAGUUCUUCCGGAGCAGGUGGCUCAGCAACAGCAGGAACUUCGGCUGCUGCAGCGUCGUCUCAUGCUGCUGCCGCACUUCUGGCCAGUGCAGCUGCUUCAGGAUCCGCGGGAAUGGAGGCUGAUGUUCUUAAUCUAACAAAGAAGGCUGAACCACCAGCCGUUACAUCUGCCUCGCCAGCUCCUUCAACCUCUUCUGCUCCUGCACCCUCAACAUCUCAGCAGCAACAGCAGUCGGCUGCGAUGGGUCAACUCGGACUGAAUGAGCUUAUCAUCCUUGCCAGCCCUACCACCUGUGCAUGGCUAACAUCGCAUCCCACCUACACAUUGGAUCUCGCUAGUUUAGGAAAAGAACCACCACCAUCUGUUCCAACCCCCGUGGUCACAUCUGCUGCAGCCGAUUCCACUCCAUCAAGCGCCAAGCCGUCAGCUCCUCCAACUCCUAAGCCUUCUACUCCAAAACCUCUGAGCGCAGCUACCACUCCUGCCCCUAGUUCAAAGCCGGUGAGCGCGGCACCAACACCAGCGCCAGCACCGCUCACCCCGAAGCCGGAGUCUAGUCCUCGUCUAGAGCCUGGUGAGAUCCCCAAGAAAGCAUCAAAUGCAGGGGCUUCAAGUAUUGGAAGCGCUGGGGAUGGUUUUGUUUUUCAUCUCAUAGUGGCACUUCGUUCAAUUUCUCGGAAACUGACUGGAGCUUUGCUUCCUGCUUCGAAAUGGCCAACGCUGAGUAAAUUGGCUUCAUGGCUUGACGCUCAUCCCGAAGCAAACGUACAUAGCAGUAGUGUACCUGUUGCUCAGUUGGUGGUGGGAAUGUCGCAUCCAGAACGACUUGGAGGAGAUCCUGUUGCUAUUGCGAAUGCCGCUGGACCCUCUUCGUCUGCAGCUACAAAAUCAUCUGACAAGGCAGCUAGCAGCAGCAGUGUCUUCGGAGGCGCUUCAAUGUCUGCGGGAUCAUCGAAUGCUGCCAGCGCUGCUCUGGCUGCUGAAGCCGCUACAAAACAACAGCUGGAGGCUCUUCAAAUGCAAAUGCUGAUGCAGCAAACUUUGCUCCAACAAUCUUUGCUCGGAUUCAAUCCAUAUGCGCUAACCGGUUCUACGUCAAGUACAAGUUCAGCUAACGCUAAGCCCGAAGACUUGCUGAAUCCUUUACUUAUGGCUUCAUUGAUGACGAAUCCUCUUGCGAUGCAAUCGCUUCUCAUGGACCCGACGGCUCUUGCCGCGCUCUCGUUGGCAAGCUCAGCAGGAGCUGGUGCAGCAAAUAUGCUUCCUUCUGGAUCUGCAAAAAAAUCCAAAACAUCACACAAUUCAUAG